AAAUUUUCAAUUUCCCGUAAACAAAGAGGACGCGCACCGACCCGGAAAUGAAAGCUGGAAGCCGGCCCGAGUAGCUCUGAUCGCCGGCCGUGGGGUCCUGCGUAAGCUAUAGCCAUGGCUGUGGCUGUAGCCGUGGCGGGAGCCAUAAUCGGGUCGGAGCCAGGCCCCGCGGAAGAACUUGCCAAACUCGAGUACCUGUCUUUGGUGUCAAAGGUUUGCACUGAGCUGGACAAUCACUUGGGGAUCAACGACAAGGACCUUGCUGAAUUUGUGAUCAGUCUUGCUGAGAAAAAUACCACCUUUGAUACUUUUAAGGCUUCCCUCGUCAAAAAUGGUGCAGAAUUUACGGAUUCUCUUAUUAGUAACUUGCUGCGUCUCAUACAAACCAUGCGGCCUCCAGCGAAGCCUUCCACUAGCAAAGAUCCAGUUGUUAAACCUAAAACAGAAAAGGAAAAACUGAAGGAACUCUUCCCAGUCCUUUGCCAACCGGACAACCCUUCUGUUCGGACCAUGUUGGAUGAAGAUGAUGUGAAAGUUGCUGUGGAUGUCCUGAAAGAACUGGAAGCUUUAAUGCCCAGUGCAGCAGUCCAGGAGAAGCAGAGAGAUACUGAGCACCGGGACAGGACAAAGAAGAAGAAGCGGAGUCGAAGCCGAGAUCGAGACCGAGAUCGAGAUCGAGACCGAGAUAGGGAACGAAACCGAGAGAGAGACCACAAGCGGAGACACCGAUCCCGCUCUCGAUCACGUUCCAGGACCCGGGAGAGGAAUAAAGCAAAGUCUAGAUAUCGGUCCAGGAGCAGGAGUCAGAGUCCCCCCAAAGACCGGAAGGACCGGGACAAAUAUGGAGAGCGGAAUCUGGAUAGAUGGCGGGAUAAGCAUGUGGACCGCCCUCCUCCAGAAGAGCCCACCAUUGGUGACAUUUAUAAUGGCAAAGUUACCAGCAUCAUGCAGUUUGGUUGCUUUGUGCAGCUGGAAGGACUCAGGAAGCGAUGGGAAGGCCUGGUGCACAUCUCUGAGCUCCGGCGGGAGGGUCGUGUGGCCAACGUAGCUGAUGUGGUGAGCAAAGGCCAGAGGGUCAAAGUCAAAGUACUCUCCUUCACUGGGACCAAGACCAGCCUGAGCAUGAAGGAUGUGGAUCAAGAGUCUGGAGAAGAUCUAAACCCAAAUAGACGGCGAAAUCUUGUCGGGGAGACCAAUGAGGAGACCUCAAUGCGGAAUCCUGAUAGACCCACUCACCUGUCCCUUGUCAGUGCCCCUGAAGUAGAGGACGACUCACUGGAACGCAAGCGCCUCACCCGAAUCUCUGACCCAGAGAAGUGGGAGAUCAAACAGGUUGGGGCCAUUAAUUGUUGGUGUCUAUGGAAAUUAAUUGUUUUGGUGAAAAUUGUUAUUCUCUCUUGUUUAUGGCUAAUUCUUCUUUUGGGGGGACUUUUAGAUGAGGACCUUGAGAUUGAAUUGGUUGAGGAAGAGCCUCCAUUCCUGAGAGGACACACUAAGCAAAGCAUGGACAUGAGCCCCAUUAAAAUCGUCAAGAACCCAGAUGGCUCCCUCUCCCAAGCAGCAAUGAUGCAGAGUGCCUUGGCCAAAGAAAGGCGGGAACUUAAGCAGGCCCAGCGGGAAGCUGAGAUGGAUUCUAUUCCCAUGGGACUCAACAAACACUGGGUUGACCCUCUGCCUGAUGCGGAAGGCAGACAGAUUGCUGCCAACAUGCGGGGUAUUGGGAUGAUGCCCAAUGAUAUUCCCGAGUGGAAGAAGCAUGCCUUUGGGGGCAAUAAAGCCUCUUAUGGGAAAAAGACUCAGAUGUCAAUCCUUGAGCAAAGGGAGAGCCUGCCAAUCUACAAACUGAAGGAGCAGUUGGUCCAGGCCGUCCAUGACAAUCAGAUCCUGAUUGUUAUUGGUGAGACAGGAUCUGGAAAGACAACGCAGAUCACCCAGUACCUGGCAGAGGCAGGCUACACUUCCAGGGGCAAGAUUGGGUGUACCCAGCCCAGAAGAGUGGCAGCUAUGUCAGUGGCCAAAAGAGUGUCGGAGGAGUUUGGUUGUUGCUUAGGCCAAGAGGUGGGCUACACCAUUCGAUUUGAGGACUGCACUAGCCCUGAAACAGUCAUCAAGUACAUGACAGAUGGGAUGUUGCUUAGAGAGUGCUUGAUUGACCCUGACCUCACUCAGUAUGCGAUCAUCAUGUUGGACGAAGCGCACGAGAGGACAAUUCACACUGAUGUGCUCUUUGGAUUGUUGAAAAAGACAGUUCAGAAACGGCAGGACAUGAAGCUGAUUGUCACCUCAGCCACCUUGGAUGCAGUGAAGUUUUCUCAAUACUUCUAUGAAGCUCCCAUUUUCACCAUCCCAGGUCGAACAUAUCCAGUGGAAAUACUGUACACAAAGGAACCUGAGACAGAUUAUCUGGAUGCCAGCCUGAUUACUGUUAUGCAGAUCCAUUUAACAGAGCCACCAGGUGAUAUCCUGGUCUUCCUGACUGGUCAGGAAGAAAUUGAUACUGCUUGUGAGAUCCUGUAUGAAAGAAUGAAAUCCCUGGGACCUGAUGUUCCAGAGUUAAUUAUCCUCCCAGUGUACUCUGCUCUUCCCAGUGAGAUGCAGACCCGAAUCUUUGACCCAGCUCCACCAGGCAGCAGAAAGGUUGUGAUUGCCACCAAUAUUGCAGAGACAUCGCUGACUAUUGAUGGUAUCUACUAUGUGGUGGACCCAGGAUUUGUGAAGCAGAAAGUUUACAAUUCCAAGACAGGGAUUGACCAGCUCGUGGUAACGCCUAUUUCUCAGGCUCAGGCAAAGCAACGAGCUGGCAGAGCUGGGAGAACAGGCCCAGGAAAGUGUUACAGGCUAUACACAGAACGUGCCUACCGAGAUGAAAUGCUGACCACAAACGUGCCGGAAAUCCAGAGAACCAACUUAGCAAGCACAGUGCUGUCACUCAAGGAUAAACAAGCCCUUGCAGAUCAGAAGAAGGCCAAAUUCCACCAGACUGAAGGGGACCACCUCACCCUGCUAGCUGUGUACAACUCCUGGAAGAACAACAAGUUCUCCAACCCAUGGUGCUAUGAGAACUUUAUCCAGGCUCGUUCCCUGCGCCGGGCCCAGGACAUUCGCAAGCAGAUGUUAGGCAUAAUGGACAGACACAAGCUGGAUGUUGUUUCCUGUGGCAAGUCCACAGUCCGAGUGCAGAAGGCCAUCUGCAGUGGGUUCUUCCGUAAUGCUGCCAAGAAAGACCCGCAGGAGGGUUACCGAACACUGAUCGACCAGCAGGUGGUCUAUAUCCAUCCUUCCAGUGCUCUCUUCAACAGACAGCCAGAAUGGGUGGUGUACCAUGAGCUGGUGCUGACCACCAAGGAAUACAUGCGUGAAGUUACCACCAUCGACCCUCGGUGGCUUGUGGAGUUUGCUCCAGCCUUCUUCAAGGUCUCAGACCCAACUAAGCUAAGCAAACAGAAGAAGCAACAGCGUCUUGAACCCUUGUACAACCGCUAUGAGGAACCCAACGCCUGGAGAAUAUCCCGGGCCUUCCGACGGCGCUGAAAGGCGAGCUUGUUCAUUUGCCUCUCCAGCAGCAGUAACCUGGGGCUUGGACUUAUUCUCACUGAUGACAGGCUGGUCCUGAGUAUACAACUGUCCUGUGACUGACUGUCUUAACUGAGCAUUUUCUCAGCUUGACUCAUUUCUUCCCUGCUGGUAAAAUAGAAACAGGGAUUUAAGCCUGGCUUUCACAAGAGCCUCCAGCCCCCAUCACCCCAAGUCCUUGGGACCAGUUGGGAGCUCAUAUCUAACACAGAAACACAUUGCAUCAACUUCAAGAAAGGGACAAUUUGUGUAGCCCCAGGAUGGGAAAGGGGAGUGGGUGAGCAUCUUGUGCAGGGACACGGUGAGGGCCCUGAUGCCCCAGCUAACAGGAGCUACUGUGCUCACCUGAAGUGUUUGCCCCACUUCCCACCCCCUCUCCAGCCCCUGUACUUUGGCUUGACCUCCUGGAAAUAUUUAUUUUCUUAAGGAAACAAAAA